AUGCCUCCAAUUCCUCCCCCUUCAUACCCUCAUCGCAUCGUACUGUAUCACCAGACAUUAUGCCCGAACAGAGGACCCUACGUUUCUCUGCUUCCCCUCUUGAACAAUCACACGGGCAUCACGCACGUCGUUCUCGCAGCGUUCCAUCUCAACGCCCCCAACCCCAACCAUAUCACUCUCAAUGACGAUCCCCCUGGUCACUCCAUGUAUGACACAUUAUGGGCCGAGAUCCCCUUGUUACAGCAAAGCGGUGUUAAGGUGAUGGCCAUGUUGGGCGGUGCUGCGAAGGGCACGUUCUCCUGUCUAGACGGUGACGACGCCCAAUUCGAGGAAUAUUACGUGCCUCUUCUGGCUAUGAUCCGUCGCCAUGGCUUAGAUGGAAUCGAUCUGGAUGUCGAGGAACCUAUGUCAAUGUCCGGCAUUAUACGCCUUAUUGACCGGCUUAAGGCUGACCUUGGCCAGAGGUUUCUCAUCUCCCUCGCACCAGUAGCGGCAGCUCUGCUAGGGAUUGGAAAUCUCUCCGGUUUUGAUUAUCGUGAGUUGGAGGCGCAGCGAGCUGGUAGCAUCGCGUGGUAUAAUGCCCAGUUCUACAACGGCUGGGGACCGGCAGAAGAUCCUCGCAUGUACGCCGCGAUCAUAGCGCAGGGUUGGUCUCCGACGAGAGUCGUGUAUGGCCUCUUGACAAACCCAGGAAAUGGCUCCCAGGGAUAUGUACCGCAAGAAGUGAUAGGGCCUGUGCUAGCUCUGUUGGUGGAACAGUUUCCGAAUUUUGGUGGCGUAAUGGGCUGGGAGUAUUUCAAUUCGAUGCCUGGGCAAACAGCACGACCUUGGGAAUGGGCAGCGCAGAUGUCACUGAGCAUGGGAAUGAGGACAGUGCUGCAAAAAGCGAGGGAUCUGCUGAUUUCCUGA